UGGAUUGAGCGCCUUUUAGACCUGUAUCCAUUAAGGGAGUCCUGUUCACUCAAGAGCUCUGCUGCAAAAUGUCAUUCACUGAGGUGUUGGCCAUCAUUGGGGGAUUUACUGUUGUUUUGUACCUGCUGAAACUAGCCUGGGGAUGUUGGUGUGGAUUUAGACAGUUUGUUUUGUCAGAGUUUUGGCAAGUGGAUUUAAGGACAUACGGGCAAUGGGCAGUUGUCACUGGGGCCACAUCUGGCAUCGGUAAAGCUUAUGCCCAUGAGCUUGCCCGAAGAGGACUCGAUGUUAUUUUGGUAAGCAGAUCUGAUGCUAAGCUUCAAAAGACUGCCAAAGAGAUAAAGGAACAGUAUGGUCGGAAGACUCGCACCAUCCAAGUUGACUUCACAGAUGGCCCGAGUAUCUACCCUGCUAUAGCUAAAGAACUUCAGGGACUGGAGAUUGGGAUUCUGGUUAACAAUGUAGGAAUGGUUUAUUCUGAUCAUUUUGCCUAUUUCCUGGAAAUACCAGAUAUUGAACAGAAAAUCACUCAGCUUAUCAACUGUAACGUGCUGUCAGUCCCUCAGAUGACCAGACUGGUUCUUCCAGGCAUGGUUGAAAGACGGACAGGGCUGGUCAUUAAUAUCUCCUCUGAAGUGGCUGUCCGCCCGCAGCCUUUAUUAACUAUUUAUUCCUCCACCAAGAUUUUUGUAACAUAUUUCUCUCAGUGUCUGCAUGCUGAGUACAAGUCAAGGGGAAUUACAGUUCAGUGUGUUGCUCCAUUCCUGGUAUCCACCAACAUGACACGAAACAUGAAAACCAACUGCUUUGUGAAAAGUGCUCCUGACUUCGCCCGUGAGGCCUUGAACACUGUGGGUCACACUAGCUACACCAAUGGCUGCCUAUCCCACACGCUCCAGAACAUGGCUCUCCAUAUACUCUUGCCGGACUGGUAUCGAAUGUCAUCAUACUUCAUAAGAAAGCUACAAAACCUUGCAGAAGAAUAUCAUAAAAGCAUGGGCAAAGAAAAGGAAAGGCUAGUUGAAAAGGAAAAGUAAUCAAGUGUCUGCAUCUGCACAGAAGCUGGAGUUCUCACAGACAUUAAUACUAACUUUCACAGCUGAAUAAAGGUUCUAUAAGAGAUUAUCUUCACUAUACAUCAACUUCUAAAAAAACUCAAACGUGUGUCAUAUUGUAGCAAGGUUCCUGUAAUGAGUAGGCUACAAUAUACAUGUAAAUUCUGUUAUUUUUGUACAUUUAUUUAUUCUUUAUUAUUGCAAGUUUUUCUUUAUCUAUGGAGCAAAUCUGCAGCUGAGGGUUACAGAGUUUUAUCGUUUCUAUUAAUAUUUAUACUUGAUAAACAGACACAAUCUGUUUGUAUUGAAUUUAAGCAAUCUUUCAAAUACAUAUUUUCUGUUAAGAUUUCACAAUGUUACAGUAAAAAAGAUACCGAUACACAGAACAUUUGGCAUAUAUUUACUCCCAUGAUAACCAGCAAUUCAGUACAUCUGCAGAAAUGACCAUAAGUAUACAAGAGUCAGUGCCUUCAGGCCUUUUCAUUGACCGUUAACAACAACUCAAAAUGGAAGAUGCCAAAAAUCAUGCAUUCAUUCAUUUUUAUCAAAGUGUCAAGCCUUUUUUGGCUCAUCCCGCGUGGGACUGUUAUUUUAUAACCACCUUUCAUGCAAAUGUCUUUUCGGCAAUUUUCUAUUUGUGUUCUGUGAAAGGUCCAUGUGAGUGCUGCAACAAUACAAAACAAAACAUGACAAGGAAAAAGUAACAUUUUAUUCUAUAUUUUGUAAAUGGGAUAAAUUAACUGUUAUGUAAAAAUACUCUAUGGUUUCAAUCUUGAUUUGGUCUAAAUUAUUAUUGGUCCUUUUCUUAUUAAUUAAUUAAUAAUAAUUAAUUAAGACUGGAUAAGACUGGACUUUUUGGUGUUUUUUUGACAGUCGCCUUCAUGAAGCACAGCAUCCAAACGUAUUUUUCAAAAUAGCAUUUCCAACAGCAGCAAAUGCUGUUUGUCACUCUGAGGUCAAAUAUAUAAAACAGUUCCCUUUUUGAAGAAUAGAGAUGCAUGUUUAACAGUUACGGAGGACAUGUUUGUGAGUGCAUGGCAAACAAAAAUCAGAACACAUUUCAGCUUACCAACUAAAAGUCUUUGGAUCACUUGGUCCAUCAGAAAUGUGGAAAUGUAGGAAAAAGAAAGUUGCCCAAAAAAGAGGAGUUAAAAAAGAAAAAUUACUAUGCAUUAAGGGAUAAGUCAGAUUUUUUUAAGUAAUGUUAUUUGAGGUACUUAUCCAUUGUUUGUUUACUACAUACUAUAGUAGAUGUCAGUGGGCAUGCACCCAGUUUGGAGAAGCAGGCAGGAGCUCGACAUGGAAGCUAAGCAAUGUACUGCUGUAGAUGGGCGUCAGCAACAAAGUGUAUCUUAGCCACCUAAAUAAACAAACAAACAAAAAAUCAA